AUGACCACUUCCAACCCUGGAGCGAACAGCUCCCUUGCCUCCAUGAUGGAGGAUCCGUUCGUUUCGAAUGCGGGACAACAUGCCGCCCCUCGUGAUUCCCAUCGGUACUCGUCUUUCGAUACACAGCUCUUCAGCCUCAAUGCCUCCUCUCCCGCCCAGGCCAAGCGAGCCCUUGAAGCUCAUCUCGCGGAAACCGAACGUCGACUUGAAGAAGCAUCCAAAUUAGGCACGGCCCUCAUCGACCAACAGCGAGAACUAUCAGAGCAGCUGAAAGAGGUCGAACAACAGCAGGAUGAGGGCGAAAUGGGCCCGGAGCUGCGAAAGAGACUUGCUGACCUGGAGCAUGAGUAUAAUGAGAUCGGCCGGGAAUCGGCGCGCGCAUUUCUAGGCCCGAAACGACUGGCUGGAGGCUCCGAGGAUGCCCAUUCGGGUACCCCGUCGUUUGACCAAAAGUCACCUAUCAGCCCCGCUCUUUUCGCCGGACAGGCAACAAACUCUCCCAGCAAAGUCAGUGUUCCAUCUCGCAAGCAACGCAACCAGCCGUCAAACCGUGUCCACGAUAUCGAAUUCGCGACCGAGAUAUCCACCUCUUUACUCGCCCAGGUUCGUCAGUUACAGGCGCUUUUGGCCGAGCGUGAGGAAUCCCUCAAGUCUGUCAACCUCGAGAAGUCACGUUUGGAGCUUGAAGCAGAAGGCUAUGCCCAACGCAUACGGGCCCUCGACGACAGCGAGCAGCGCUACAAAGAUGAAAACUGGGCCCUGGAGACUCAAACUCAUGAACUGAUGGCGGCUGUUCGAGAUGCAACAGAGCGUGAGCAAAAGCUUAAUAGCAGUCUUGACACCUCAAGCGCAGAAAAGAAUGCCGUUGAACGUGAAUUGGAGGAGCUCCGACAGACCAAUGCGAAGCUGUUAGAGGACCAGGCAAUUACUCAGAAGGCGAAUGAUACCGAAGUUCACCUCCUGCGUCGGAAUCUGAAUGCUGGUGAUCUGGAGAAAUCGGCCCUUCAGAAGAAGCUGGAAGAACUCACCUCGCAGAACCAAGAGUUGGCCAAGGCAGUUGCAAUGCGUAUUCGUCAACAUGAAUCACAGGGUGGUCGAGACUUGCCGGAUGACUUGAAUGGUGACGAGCCCGAACAAACCACCCCAGACAAUUCUCCCCCUCCGUCGCCAAACAAGUUUACACCUCGACACGGUCACUUGGAAUCCGAAACACUCAAGAGCUCCCUCGGACACGCUCAUCGGAUGAUUCAGAAUCUUAAGAGCACCAUUCACCGAGAGAAGACCGAGAAGAUUGAGCUCAAGCGCAUGCUGCAAGAUGCCCGAGAUGAGGUUGAGCAGCGCCGCCGUGAAAGCGCCGCGCCUAAUGGAACCAAGAAACCAUUGAAGAAGAAGGAUGACUCUUUCCGGAAACCUGCACGACCCGACCUUUUAGGCGCAGGUCGCAAGGAAACGUCCAUGGUUGAACUUCACGACACUGACUGGGAAGAUAACGCCGGCCAGAUCAGUCCAUCUCGCCCAGUGGCAAUGAAUAUCGCUUCUAGAAGCCGUUCUGGCGCGCAUUCUCCCGACGAACCCAGUGAUGUCUAUCAAACUGCUACUGAAGCUGAAGAUGGGUUUGAGACCGCAAAUGAGCGUGCGACCGCAACCGAGAGCGAGGCCUUCCAAACCGGUGUGGAAAGCAUGGCAGACGAUAGUAGCGACUCUGCGGACCUCACCGAAACCGAGAACAAUGUGCAAACUACUCCUCGUAACCGCGUUGCCUCGUCUUUGGUGAUGGCUAAAGCCCGUGAUCGAAGCUCCUACCACAGCUCGGCCUCUACAUCAGAUGACGAUGAGACCGACACCAAACGCAUAUCUCUCGGCCGCGUGUUAGGCUCUAAGCGAAGUGUGCUUAGACGGAUUCGCCCAUCUGGGGAGGCUCCUAUGGCUUCCAGCAGCCGCCCAUCCAGUGCUCGCAACUCUCCUGCGCCCAGCUUUGAACAACAACCAAUGGCUGGAGAGGGCCAGAGCCUGUUUGCAGAGCUGGCAGAGCUUGAAGGUGGUGAGGAGGAGGAGGACGAAGGAGCUGUAUCGCAGGCCUCGACACCACGCAUGCAAGCUGCAACCCCUGGCUCCCGCAGACCUUCUGAAAUCACUCUUAACGAUCUUCCCAAACCUAUCAUGGUAGACAGCGGUAUGAUGACUGAGCCCUGGGAGCCGCAAACCCCCAAGGCUGCCCAUGUCCCUGUUCCUGUCCCUGUCGUCGGAGAGGUCACUCCGACGGGUUCUCCGGCUACUCCGCAGAGAAAUCAGACCUUGGAUCGUGAAAUCGAAUCUGAAGCGGAGGAGACCCCUAAGCUGGUCAGCUCAGGCACCCAGUGGACACCGCUGAAAGGACCUAUUGUCGAUAACGACCACCUUUCUAAUGUUCCAACCCCACCAAAGAUGGCCUGGGAUGAGAGUUCUGAGUCUCAGCGAGUGGAGGCUGGCACCCAGGCCGAACUGCCAGAGCUCAAUGUCGCAGCUAUCUCUUCACAGGAGACGGUGCCUGCUUUCCCCAGCUGGCCCAAGUUGGAAGUUACCUAUCUUCAUGGAGACGAGACUGUGCCCGUGAAACAUGAGAUACCCGAGCCCGAGAUUCCGGAAUUCAAUGUAUCCUCGAUCUCAUCCCAAACCACCAAGCCUGUCCUAGCUACCGUGCCUGAGCCCGAGCCAAUGAUUGUGGAACCAGUGAAAGAGUUGCCCGAGAUCUCUUUGUCCUCUCUCUUCACCAACUCCACCGAGCCUAUUCAGGCACGCCUUCCUAAGCCAGAGCCAGUGUUGGAAGUUCCUGAGGUUGUUCUACCUGAGUUUGGACUUGCCACUCUCUCCACUCAGCACACUAAACCCGUGGAGCCUCAACACCCCGAGCCAGCUCCCGUGCCAGAACCCACCAUCAUUCCUGCUCCCAUGCCUGAGCCAGUCAUUCCAGAUUUGAAUAUCUCUAUGCUGGAUGCCACCUCUACGGAGCCGAUCGCGCCGAGGUUGAUCGAGAUUCCUGCCCCAGAGCCCGUUCCCGAGCCAGUCAUCCCAGACUUUAGCAUCUCUAUGCUGAAUUCCGCCUCUACGGAGCCGAUUGCGCCGAGGUUGAUCGAGGUUCCUGUCCCAGAGCCCGUUCCCGAGCCAGUCAUCCCAGAAUUAAGCAUCUCUUGGCUCAACCCUGCCUCGACGGAACCAGUUGUGCCAACGCCAAUUACGAUUCCCGCACCCCCAACUCCAUCGGUGUCUACCUUAAGCUCAGUCGAAACCCAGCCAGUCAAGUCCGUACCACCAAUCGCUCCUCUGAUGGCAGAAUUGGGUAUCCAGACAGAACCCAUGGAGGAGCCAAAGGCAGCGGCGAUUGCUCUGCCUGUUCCUAUGGCUACUAAUGAAGAUGAUACUGAGUCUACCCGCGAACGUGAUAGCACCAGGGCAAAGGAUCGACCCACAAGCAUCGGCCUGGCUUUGAGCGACGUUUCUGGCAAUGCCUUGCCCCAGUCCGCGACAGAAACACCGGGCUCUGUGAGCAUGGAUCAAGGCUCGCAGACCAUCCUGUCUUCGCAGCAGAUUGAUCAGAUCCUCAUUGAACGAGAGGCCGCGCGUCCAAUUUCCUCCGCCGACAGCAAGUCAAGAAACAUGGCUGUUGUGGGGGCAGCUGCUGCUGCAGCAGCAGCGGCUACUACUGCUACUGCUACUGCUACUGCAGCAUCGCCUUUCGCCACUCCUAAGCUCCGACCUCGCCCUCAGGGACAGUCAUCAGCUAGAUCUUUGACCCCCGGGCAACAACGACCUGACAGCGCUACUAGCCAAGCAUCGAAUCUUAGCGCUCACCCGCCGUUGCCUGCCGACCACCGCGAGGCCAUCUUGGCUGCCGAGAAGAAGUCAAUCGACAUGCCCCCUCCCCCAUCGCCAGGCACGAUGGGCCCUCCCUUGGCGCCGGCUUCCGCCUACCGAAUGAAUGUGCAAGGUCCCCGGACCCCAGGAGACCAAGUGCCCCGGCCAGGCUCAACGAGGACUGUUUCUACCCAAGCGCGGGUGAGGAGAAGCAGCCAAAGCCAACUAUCAAGGAGGUCUUCCGUUUCCUCGUUUGCAUCGGAGCUGGAGGAGCGGUUUAACAUGACCAACCCUCACGCUGGUCCUAUGCCCCAUGGAUACGGUCCCAACACAGAUCCCCGCAUGAUCCAAGCAAUCACACAGACCAUGAUUGGUGAAUUUUUGUGGAAGUACACUCGGAAGACCGGAUCAGGAAACAUGUCGUCAACCCGUCAUCGACGCUACUUCUGGGUUCACCCUUAUACGCGUACUUUGUACUGGAGUGAGCAGGAUCCUCAAACAGCUGGAAAGAGCGAACUUCGAACAAAGAGCGUUCCUAUUGAGGCUGUGAAGGUUCUCGCGGACGACAACCCAUAUCCUCCUGGCCUACACUGUAGAAGCUUGGAGGUUGUCAGUCCCGGCCGUCGUGUGCGAUUCACUGCCACCACGAGCCAAAGACACGAGACUUGGUUCAAUGCACUGUCGUAUCUCCUUUUGCGAGAGUCGAACGAUAACUGUAACGACAGUGAGAACAAUGUGACUUUGGAUGAUAUUGAUGAAUUCAACCCCGGUUUCCGCUCGGCUUCUCGCCAGACAGGUCGGAUGUCUCUUGCGUCCCAUAACAGCCGUCGCCCAGCACCGAAACAGCGGGCAGCCUCCGCGAUGUCCAUGCGGUCCACUGGAACCCAUGGACGCGCGUCUCCCGCAUUCAGUUCCCCGGGCGUCAAUUCCUCGUUACAGGUGCCCGAGGAAGGACAACAACGAUCCUCGUCUCGCCUCAGCACAAUCCUUACUGGCUCGAUUCGAGGCUCGAUUGCUAGCUUGAAGGGACGCCAUGGCCAAGCCGAUAGUGUUCAUAAUGGAAGUCUUCGCGGCCAGGACAGUGUGGAAAACUUUGGCCACGAGGCUGAAGAUGAUGAGAGACUCGAGAAUGUCCGCGCGUGCUGCGAUGGCAAACACGACGUUGGCUCCCUCUCUCGCACCAGUCGAUUCAGUCCAAGGGUCGAUCGCCAACACUCCCACCACCACUGA